UAAUUCAGCUACCAUCAGACCCCAGUUAAGGGAAGAUACAUCAUGCAGUGCCAAAUCAGCAGGAUGGUAUAACUGUGGAAAGAUACAAACUGUAGUGUCAAAUCAGUAAGACUCAGUUCACCUGUGGGAAGAUACAUUACGUAAUGUCAAAUCAGCAGGACUCAUUUAAGGAAGACACAUCGUUCAGUGAUCAGAAGACAUUGCUUUUAAAAAAUAACAUGAUUCAGUGGUCACUAGAACUCGUUAUUAGGUAACAUAUAUCAUUUAGUGGACACCAAGGCUCACUGCGGGAAAGAAUUAUAUCAUUCAGUAUUCGUAAGGACAUAGCUUAGGGAACAAACAUUAUUAAGUUAUCAUCAAGACUCAGAGACAUCCAUUCACUCAGUGAUCAUCAGGACUAAGUUUUGAAAAAGAAUAUCAUUCAGUGAUCAUCAGGACUUAGUUUUGAAGAAGCAUGUCCUUCAGUGAUCAUCAGGACUAAGUUUUGAAAAAGCAUGUCAUUCGGUGAUCAUCAGGACUAAGUUUUGAAAAGGAAUGUCAUUCAGUGAACAUCAGGACUAAGUUUUGAAAAAGAAUGUCAAACAGUGAUCAUCAGGACUAAGUUUUGAAAAAGAAUGUCAUACAGUGAUCAUCAGGACUAAGUUUUCAAAAAGAAUGUCAUUCAAUGAUCAUCAGGACUUAGUUUUGAAGAAGCAUGUCCUUCAGUGAUCAUCAGGACUAAGUUUUGAAAAAGAAUGUCAUUCAGUGAUCAUCAGGAUUUAGUUUUGAAGAAGCAUGUCCUUCAGUGAUCAUCAGGACUAAGUUUUGUAAAAGAAUGUCAUUCAGUGAUCAUCAGGACUAAGUUUUGAAGAAGCAUGUCAUUCAGUGAUCAUCAGGACUAAGUUUCGAAAAAGAAUGUCAUUCAGUGAUCAUCAGGACUAAGUUUUGAAGAAGCAUGUCAUUCAGUGAUCAUCAGGACUAAGUUUCGAAAAAGAAUGUCAUUCAGUGAUCAUCAGGACUAAGUUUUGACGUCACAUGUCAUUCAGUGAUCAUCAGGACUAAGGUUUGAGGUCACACGUCAUUCAGUGAUCAUCAGGACUAAGUUUUGAUGUUACAUGUCAUUCAGUGAUCAUCAGGACUAAGUUUUAAAGAAGUGUGUAAUUCAGUGAUCAUCAGGACUAAGUUUCGAAAAUGAAUGUCAUUCAGUGAUCAUCAGGACUAAGUUCUGAAGAAGCAUGUCAUUCAGCGAUCAUCAGGACUAAGUUUUGAAGAAGCAUGUCCUUCAGUGAUCAUCAGGACUAAGUUUCGAAAAAGAAUUUCAUUCAGUGAUCAUCAGGACUAAGUUUUGACGUCACAUGUCAUUCAGUGAUCAUCAGGACUAAGUUUCGAAAAAGAAUGUCAUUCAGUGAUCAUCAGGACUAAGUUUUGACGUCACAUGUCAUUCAGUGAUCAUCAGGACCAAGUUUUGACGUCACAUGUCAUUCAGUGAUCAUCAGGACCUAGUUUUGACAUCCCAUGUCAUUCAGUGAUCAUCAGGACUAAGUUUUGACGUCACAUGUCAUUCAGUGAUCAUCAGGACCAAGUUUUGACGUCACAUGUCAUUCAGUGAUUAUGGAACUCAUUGUAGGCAGGACUCAAUUUCAUAUAACCAUUAAAAACUGGGUUUUGUCAAGAUUCAUUCUUUAGUGGCUAUAAGAACUCACUUUUUGGAAAGGACACCAUCAGAUUCUGUUCAAAUACAACACAAGUUAACAUUUCGAAAAUUUUACGAAACUGAAAUAUCUGGACAACAUAUUCUUACAGUAGGAUAAUGUAAUGCAUCUGUUAAAAAAACACAAACAAAAAUCCAGAACUGGCGAAACUAAGUAUGAAUUCAUGUAUUAGAAUGAAAAACUAGUCAAUACAUAAGGAAAAAUUACCACAAUAUCAAUGACGAAUCAAGUGAAAAAAGAAUUAUAUCAAACAACAGUUAAUUUAUUUAAACAAUAGAUUGCAAAGGAUCACAACCCCGCAUUACUGUACGUUUAACUGACACUGUUUAGCCUGCAUUUCAAUCACUGAAAUAGAACACACUGCACAUUGCAAUCAAUGGGAUAAUUCAUUAUAAUCUUCACAUAAAAAUUGAUAAUUUUGUUCCAAUGCCAACAUUGGCUCAUCCUCUCAGAAAACCACCUCCACACACUAUUGGCUGACCAUAAACAACUUCAUGCACUUGCCUAUGUUCUGGAUAUUUCUCUCUCAGAACAUUGCCAUAAUUACACACAAGAUAGGAAAUCUAAUUAAUUCAAUAUUAGACUUGAAGUGAUUAGAACAGGACGUUUGUUUUUACAGGUGUGACCUUGAUAAAUACUUUGGAUCAGAAAAAUCAACUUUAACUCGAAAAUAUAAAACACAAGUACCUAUGAAGGACAUUUUUAUAGUAAAGAUGGCUGGUAAAACUAAAGUGGAAAAAUUUGAAAUAAAAGACCAAAAAAUGCACAGUGCAUGGUCAGAUGACAGUGACAAAAAUGUAACAAGUUUAAAACAAAUUUUGAAACUCAUGUUAUAUGGAUUAGCGAUUGCUGGAAAUUACAGUUUUAGUGAUAUAAACAGUGCUGGAGAAAACUCAAGCAGUAUCAAAUCUGUGCUUUCCAAAAUAUACAGGACUUAUGUAUUUAUAUCUAUUUUGAUUAUGGUUAUAAAAUUUAUUGCAGGUUUUUUCUACCUGCCCACAGACUAUUUCUACUUCAGCAUUUUGUGUGCAGUAUGGAGCACAUACAUACUUUGUAUACAGUUGUAUAGCAUGAAGGCUACCAGUUCCAAAUAUGGACAUUACGAAAAGGUAUUUAAGAUCUGGGAUCAGAAAAUUAUGCCUGAAUUCAAAGAACUUGGUAUUGAAUACCCAUCUUUUAAACUAAGAAAGGGUGUAAUAAUUGUUUUGGUUAUAGCAUUCAUUCUAGUAGUAUGUAAUACUGCUGGACUUGGUGUUCAAAUUUACAUCAGUGGAGGUUAUUUCUAUACGGCACCAUUUGAAAGCAAUCCUUACACGCUUACGGCAUAUUUCAUACUUGUAACUGCCGAAAUACUGGCUUGGAUAAUACCAGUAGCUUUUGUUAUCAGUUUAACAAAGCUGAUACAAGAAGCUUUUAACUCACUUAAUAAAUACAAAUCAAAACUCUGUGAACAAAAUGGCUGCAAAAUGGUGGAAAAUUUUCAAAAAAUACGUAUGCUGCAUCUGAAUCUAAGCAAGCUUGUCAGCGACCUUGAUGAGGAUCUGGGCUGGUUUUAUGCCAUCAUUUUUACAUUCAACAUUGGUCUUAGUGUAUUCACACUAUACCAGAUCAUAAAGAGAACCUUGACGACAUUCGAACUUGUGUUGUAUGUCUUCUGGUUUCUAUGCGGACUUGCUAGUAUCGGACUACCAGCAAUACAUGCUGCAUUAGUAAAUGACGCUGCACAUGCCCCACUGGACAGUAUCUACUACAUUAACGUACAAGACAUCACUGUUGAGAAGUUAGCACAGUUAAAUUUGUUCCUGUCCAAGCUGACUGGUACCCAAGUUGGAUUUUCUACAUGUGGACUGCUUAUUAUUACCAAGGAAUUCAUUCUUACAAUAGCAGGUGUUUUCCUGACAUACUUUGCAGUGCUCUACACACUUUGAUGAGGGUACAGCUUUGUCAGUGAAAAUAAAAGUGUACAUUCCAGACAAGUGUAAAGUCAUCAGAUGUCAGAAAAAAAUACAUAUAUUUGAUGAGUGAGCAAUGAUGGAUGCCAUGACAUUUACUCUCAGUAACAGACAUAUAAACCUAGAUAUACAAUGGGAUAAAAUGGUGGCUUUAUGUAUAGCCUAUAGUAUGUGUCAUUAUUAAAAUAUGUGUCAGUGUUUUCAUGUGAAGCAAAUCGAAUAACUCAUGAGUGGCUUGAGAUAAUAGUGAUGAGGAUUAAUUAUCAUGAAAUUAUAAUGGAUGUUCCUCAGUUCACAAUCAGCCUGAGCUAUUGACCUAACUUGGGGAAUAUUUUCCCAAUAGAGGUGAAGAUAUAUACAUGUAAAUCUCAGAAAUAUGCAUGGAAAUAUACAGGAAAUGCUAUGAUUGAAGAGUUUAAUGACAUAACAGUAAACCAAAAGUGGGUGAAUGCCAAACUGACCACUUAAAUCCUGACCUAAAUAAAAGGCCUGAGUAGACAAGCCGAUCAAUAAGUCAUGGAUCAAAGUCUCAAAAUCUUACUUCUGUCUCUGGCUAUACUGAAUUACUAUAGUGUUGCAUUGCUUAAAUAUUGUGAUUUGUUUGUUUACAUCCUUACAUUACAACUGUUUUAAGUCUUUAUUACUCAACUAUUGUACUGACAUCAAGUAAAUUGUUUUCAUUCAAGGAUAAAAUCAGUGUUUGAUAUAUAUGAUUUAGAUAGUAACUCCACCACCACCAUAUAUCUGCCUAUUUUGUGCCAUAUUCAUUUUCAGCAUGCUGCUUUGACGUUUCACAAAUAGACAUAAUUACUAUGACAUACAUACAUCUUAUAUCAAUGUCACACUUACAGCCUUUUUUUAUAUCAGACUGUAAAUAAAUAACAUAUCUAAAUUACUUUUUGAUAUAUGCAAUUUUACUGAAAAUGCCAAACUAAAGUAGCUGCACUGUUUUUAGAUGAAUCCAAAUGCAUCUAUAUAAAAUAAACUACAAACCACUGUAUUCUAGAGCAGAUGUCAUAGUAAGUACAUAGUAAAAAUGUGCCAUCUCACAACCCAUACGCAUAUUUCUAAGAACGUAUUUAGCUAAAAUAUUGUGAAAUACAGUGUAGUUUGGUGUAACAAUAUAAUUUGUUGAAAACUGUUUUCAAGUACUUUUUAUUCAGUACAAUGAUACACACUGAAUCGUUCUAUUGUUGUUAACUGGACAAAACAGUUCCAUACAACCUCAUACCUAAACAUGUGAACUGUUAAUGUUUCUAUAAUUACUUGUAUUUUAACAUACAUCCGUAUACUGUCUGUUCCUCAGGUGUCUGAUUUAGUUUGAAAAGUGUAAGAUUUCAGAAUCAGUCAGAACACUUUCAGACUUUACUAAUCUAUUAGCAUUUUCUGCCAAAAUAAACAUAUUUCACACAAUGUCACAUCCAUCCAAUUCAUUCACUAGUAAGAGAGCUGUGCACUUAACUGCUUUCGACUUUAUCCAUUUUUCUUUGUAGAUAACAGACAGAAACAUGCGUUACAAUGUAGGAACAUACCUUAAUUUUGUUCUUCUUUCUUCAUGGAAUCUGUUAAUAAAUCUG